AUGACAACUUUGUUCAGAAUCAUUAAUAAUGAGCUGCAUGAUUGUAUCGAUUUUGAUAAAGUUAUAGAAAUUAAUGGUGGUAGUUCAGAAGUGAUUUAUAAAUCAGAAUGUAAAUGUUGUAAAGUCAUGAAGGCCCUUAAAUGCCAAAGAGAUAAUACACAAAAUCAAAUUUUCAACAGUGAGGGCCACCCUAACAUAAUUACAUUCUAUAGAGUUACGAAAG